AUCCGUUUGUCAAAUCCAAUGUGAAAUCACCACAGGACAAUGCUUGCACUGAAAAUAAAUGAAGAUGACUUUCUGUAUGUUUGUAUUCUGUGUUGUCUUAUUACAGAUCUGGUGAAUAGCUCGAAACCUCUCAUUGACAAUUUUCAACUCAUUACAAGAUGGGUGAAAGUUUACAAGAAAGACAGGAGAAUGAAUUGAAAGUGUUGGAAGCCAUAUACAUUGGUGAUUUCCACAUUGUGGAAGAAAAUGCUAAGGUUGAGACUCCCCAUAUUGUAUUGAAACUACAGCCAUGCGAAAGCAUGAAGCAACAUGAAUCUCAUGUCUCCUUGGAUUUAAAUAUCAAGUAUCACAAAGAAUACCCCAACAUGUGUCCUGUUUUGAAGCUUGAAAAUGCUAAAGGUAUCUCAAAUGACAAAGUUCUUGAAUUAGAAAGGGAAAUCCAAUGUAUGGCUGCUGAUCUUGUAGGAGAGGUGAUGAUACUACAACUGGCUCAGCAUGUUCAAAAUUUUUUGCAUCAAAAUAAUGUUCCUCCUCCAACAUCGUUCUACGAAGAAAUGAUGGCAAAAAAAGAAAGAGACAGGCAACAAAAGAAAGCAAAUGAACUAGCAAAAAAAGAAAAAGAGCAAAAAGAAAAUUUCAUGCAGAUAAAAGAAGAGGAAGAACAGAUCAAAGAAGAAAUGAGCAGACGAGAAAAAGCAAAGCAGAGUCUGAAGGAAAAAGAAAGUAAUCGUGUUGGCAUUCUGUCGCAAGUCGUCCCAGAAUCGCUCUCUACAAAUAAUAUAGAAGAAAAACCUUUACGUUUGAAGAAAAAAACCAGCUGUGAAAAGGAUUUGUCUUACAAUGGACUUCGUGUUGUUGUUUUUGAAAACCAUAAACAGCACAUUGUUCACUGUGGGAAGUGCUUAGCAUGUGGCCGUUCUGGUUCUUCAGUAUUUUGUGGCCUGGACAUUAUUACUGGCGAGUUGGUGGUGUUGACAGAAUGGAUUUUGAAGAGAUCAUCGUUGCGGGAAAAUUCUACAAAAAUUGAAAAUGAAAAGCUUUCCAAACAGGUUUCAAGUAUUGAGAAUGAAGUGAAUUCUCUCGUUAAAAGAGUCGAUCAUCAUAAUCUUGUGCAUUAUUUUGGCUUUACACAAAAUCAGAGCAACAGCGUUCUUAAAGUGCAGGUUUUGACGGAAUUUGUUGCUGGUAGUUCCCUGUUGAAAGAGAUUGAAACUGGAUGUGGUGUGCCAAUGGCAACUGUUCGAGAUUAUUGUCAACAGUUACUUGAUGUUUUGGCUUAUUUGCACGGAAAGUCAAUAAUGCACAAAGAUCUCAAGCUGUCUAGUGUCUUUCUUGAUCAAGAUAAAACAAUUAGACUCGCAGACUACAGCGUCGGGAAAAGGUUAAAUGAGCUCUAUCAGAGUUAUGGCGAACAUAAGAUACCCAAGAAAACAAGAACCAAUGAGCUGAAAAUCAGGCAGGAAGCUAAUAAAGAAUCCGACAUCAUGAAUUUGGGUCUGCUUAUGCUCUCACUCCUCGAAGGCGAUGUGGUAAAUUCAGUGCCCCCCACAAUACCGCAGUCGUUUCCACCUGAGUUGCAAGACUUUUUUCACAAAUGUCUAUAUCCGGAGAGCGGUAGCCAGUGGUCAGCACAGCAGCUUUUGGACAUCCUUUUAUCUCCAAAUCCCAUGUCGCACGGUUUAAGCAAUAACAUCACUUCAGAUAAGCUUGACGCCGAAAAAGAUCAAGGGAGAAAUCAAAAUGGCUGUGAUGAUGGAGAUGAGUUACCUGGUUUGAUAUCUAUUCCUUCCGGCUACGCUGCGAGUAAUUCAAGAGUUCGGAAUGAAUUUGAGGUGUUGCAAAUGCUUGGAAAAGGAGGGUUUGGUUCAGUUGUCAAGGUACGUAAUAAAUUGGACGGCUGUCUCUAUGCGAUCAAAAGAAUUCCUUUGAAUCCGAAAAGUGUUAUGUUUAAUCGCAAAAUUACUCGAGAAGUGAAGUUACUUUCCAGAUUGAAUCAUGAAAAUAUUGUAAGAUAUUAUAAUUCUUGGAUUGAGGUAGAAGAAAUACUUGAAAAUGAAACUUCCAACAGUGAAACAAAAUCAAGUAUGACAGAUGAUAAAUCAGGAAGCCAGGUUGAAGAUAGCUUGAUGAAGUUGAACGUAGUUGAAGCACCUAGCGUACGCUCGAGAGUUUUGGAUGAUGGCUUGUGGACUAAUAAAAACACGAAUGAUUCCAAGCAUGUUGACGACGAUAAAAGCUCAAGCUCUAGCGAGGAAGAGCUUCAAAUACCAAAACAAUCCAGUUAUAACACCGAGUCCUCUGAAGAUGUUAUGUUCAAAAGAAAUAUUGAUGAAUCAUAUAUACAGUUUGGAAGCUCGUUGGCUCACGUGGACGAGGAAUCUGAUUUGGAAAGUGAAGAGGAAGCAAUUACCACAAGAGAUUUGCAAGAAGAUUCAAAGUGUACUCUUCAAAGUUUGUAUAUACAAAUGGAGUAUUGUGAGAAGAGUACUCUAAGGAAUGUCAUUGACGAAGGAUUAUACAAAGACCCACAGAGAAUUUGGCGACUUCUCCGUGAGAUUGUAGAAGGAUUAGUUCAUGUUCAUUCACAGGGUAUGAUUCAUCGUGAUUUGAAACCAGUCAACAUAUUUCUUGACUUGAACGAUCGUGUGAAGAUCGGAGAUUUUGGUUUAGCGACCACGCAUCCCUUUACGAAGCUUUCUGUAACCGGCAAUACUAAUUGCACUCGUGAUAUUGUCGAUUAUAAUAAACCUGGGCUUGGUAAUCCAUCUCAUUCCCAAGAAUCUUUGACUGGUAAAGUGGGUACGGCAUUGUAUGUUAGUCCAGAGCUUGGAAAUAAUACACAAACUCGAGUGAAGUAUACACAAAAAGUUGACUUAUACAGUUUAGGAAUCAUUUUCUUCGAGAUGUGUUACCGACCUCUUAGUACAUCAAUGGAGAGGGUGAAAGUUCUUGGAAAUCUUCGAACCGAAAAGAUUCUGUUACCUGAGGAUUUCGAUAUGAAACGUUUUGAGAAACAGAGACAAAUUAUCCGUUGGUUAUUGAAUCAUAAUCCUGACGAGCGUCCAACGUCACAGGAAUUAUUGAAAAGCCAGUACAUUCCUCCAAGCAUUGAGGAUAACGAACUGGAAGAGAUUCUCAAUCACACUUUAGCGGCAACAAACUCUACACGAUAUCGAACUCUUAUCUCGUAUGUUAUAAACCAAGAUAUUUCGCAGAAUAAGCUUGAUUUGACGUACGAUUACGAGCUCAUUACGAUACCGCUCUCCGGAAGACAUUCGGUUGUCCAACAAUACGUGCACAAUAAAUUGGUGGAUGUAUUUUUAAAGUUUGGUUUCUUGCGGUUAGAUACACCGUUGCUAGUUCCCAAGAGUACAAUGUUCAAACAUGCAGACACCACAGUGAUAUUGAUGGAUCAUAGUGGUGCUAUUCUCACGCUACCCCAUGAUCUUCGUACUUCAUUGGCCCGAUAUCUUGCCCGAAAUAAUUUUCCAUCCUUGAAAAGGUACUCCAUUAGUGCAGUGUUUCGUGACACACGAAUACUUGGCGUGCAUCCUCGAGAGAUCUCUGAAUGUGCUAUUGACAUUGCCAUGCGUACACAUUAUGAUGUAGUUCCCGAUGCAGAAAUAAUCUACACCGUUUCCAAAAUCAUCAAUGAAUUCCCAGCUCUAACUUCAAGAAACUAUUACAUUCGCAUUAAUCACGUGACUUUAAUUAAGUCGAUUUUAGUGCUAAACGGCGUCGCUGACGAAAAAAUUUUUGAUAUCAUUUCAAUUCUCCAAGAGUCCAGGAACGAAAUUGACCGUUUGGAGAAUUUGAAAAAAUCCUUAGAAAAUAUUGGUAUUAGCGAGAGGAAUGUAAUGAACGUGUGUCGAUGGCUAUUCACGGAGUCUCCAAUUGACUCGGCAGAGCCUGCAUUGGGUCACAUGAUAAGAGGACGACGUACAGCCAAUCACAAAGUGCGAAACGCUAUACAAGAACUAGACAGGAUUGUAAAGUGUUCUCAAAGUUUUGGUUUGACCAUGGAAGUUGUUCUGUACCCAGGUCUAGUUUACAACAUACAGUACAUGUCGGGUGUUUUGUUUCAAUUUGUUUCGGAGAAACGUAAAGCUAAAGGCAGCGCCAUUGAUAUACUUGCAGCGGGAGGCAGAUACGAUAAACUUGUUUCUUUAUUCUCACGAGGUCGCCAACGACCUCCUGAUUUCCGAGCCGUUGGAGCUAGCAUAAACAUUGAACGCAUCGUCCAAUUAGUAUCACAGGAUCCUAAUUUCAACUUUGCAAAUGCAUGUGACGUCAUGGUGUGUGCUGUUGGAGAAAAUACAAUUGUGAAUGAACAAAUUCGGCUGCUAACUUCUCUUAGGAGAGGUGGAAUUUCGGCAUGUUUAUGGAAUGAACUGCUCACUGAUAGUAUGUUGGAUGCUGUGCAAGGAUACUGUAGGGAUUGUGGGGUACAGUACAUGGUUAUCGUGGAAGAAAAUGCACCCACCAGGAUACGUAUUGUUGAGAAAGAUAAAGAGACAAAAGGUGUGGACGAUCCUGUAGAGUUUCUUAGGCAAAGAUUUCACGAAACGACGGAAAGUGUCGAUCGCGAGUAUGCGUUGAACAGGCCAGCGUUUGCUGCCAAUGAAAGUAAUGGUCAGGCACAGCCAAAGUUUAACAUUGAGUUUGUAACGCAGGAAAGACUUGAAAAAAAUACAAGAAGGAGAUACGAAUCACAUAUGAUAUCGAAAGUCACGCAGAUCUUAAAGAAUUUUAGUGGACAAAAAGAUUCUUACUUUAUUGUUGGAGUUGAUCUGCCUUCUUUUGUGUUGAAAAGUAUAGCUGUUUUUCUCGACCUUAGCGACGAUAAUUCUAAAGCAAGAUACAACGCAAGCGUAAAGGUGAUUUGUGAACAAUUGAAACAACCCAAGCAUCGUAGACACGUCCCCUAUGUCUGUGAUAAAAUUAACGAUGUGAAAGAUAAUACGAAAAUUCCAAUUUUGUUUCUUUAUAGUUGUACAGAUGAGCAAUGUGUCAUGAUGAAUAUCUAAUUUUUAUAACAAUAUUUUAUGAAUUUA